AUGGAUGCUACCGAAGUCCACCAGACCACUGUGGCUGACGAGCCUAUGCCCGACGCCUACAACGACACCAUGGGCGAGCAGGAGCCGAUGGACGUCACCCCCAAGACCGAGGAAGAGUAUGCGCAGUCCAUGCUCACCUUGCGUGCUAUCGUCUCUUCCAAGGAGGCCGGUGUCAUUAUCGGCAAAGCGGGCAAGAACGUGGCUGACCUGCGCGAUGAGACCGGUGUCAAGGCCGGCGUGAGCAAGGUCGUUCCUGGUGUUCACGACCGAGUCCUGACCGUCACCGGUCCCCUCCAAGGCACCGCCCGCGCCUACGCGAUCGUUGCCAAGGGUCUUUUGGAGGGUGCUCCUCAGAUGGGUAUGGGUGGCGUCGUCUCUAACAAUGGCACUCACCCCGUUCGCCUCCUCAUUUCCCACAACCAGAUGGGUACCAUCAUUGGACGACAGGGCCUGAAGAUCAAGCACAUCCAAGAUGCCUCCGGUGUCCGCAUGGUUGCCCAGAAGGAGAUGCUCCCCCAGUCUACCGAGCGGAUCGUGGAGGUGCAGGGCACCCCCGAGGGUAUCGAGAAGGCCGUCUGGGAAAUCGGCAAGUGCCUGAUCGAUGACUGGCAGCGUGGUACCGGCACUGUACUCUACAACCCCGCUGUUCGCGCGUCCCUGGGCUCGCAGCCCAUUAACAGCAACAACAACUCUGUUGGUGGCGGUAAUGGUUACACCAGCCGUCAGUACAACCGCACUGGCAACGGAGCUGAUUUCAGCGAUAAUGGUGGCUUCAGUCGCCGGUCCAACUCGGAUGCUGGCUCUCGUGGAUAUCCUCUAGUCACAGAAGACGGCGAGGAAAUCCAGACCCAGAACAUCAGCAUUCCUGCGGACAUGGUUGGCUGCAUCAUUGGCCGCGCUGGUAGCAAGAUCACCGAGAUUCGUCGGAGCUCUGGAGCCCGCAUCUCUAUUGCUAAGGCUCCCCAUGAUGAGACUGGUGAGCGCAUGUUCACCAUCAUGGGCAGUGCCCAGGCCAAUGAGAAGGCCUUGUAUCUUCUUUACGAGAACCUCGAAGCCGAGAAGACUCGCCGCAGCCAGCUGCCCCAGGAGUAA